AUGACCUCGGUAGAAAGUUCUCCGGCCGAUUCUUCAAUGAUCAAGGAUGCCGAUGUCACAGUGAGCAAAUGGACAGGCUUACAAGGACGGGAGAACACAAUCGAGAGCAGGGAGGAUGUCGAAGCUGGUCAAUCCAGCAAAAGUUCCGGGGUUCUGAAUGUGAUCAUUUCGGGUCUGGCUCUUUUCAGUGAUGGAUACAAUGCCCAGAUUAGAGAAAUCUUUGGCAUGCUUUUCUUUGGUGUUCUCAUUGAUCGCAUGGGACGAAGGACGGGUGUGGUAGCGGCCACUGCGUUCUUAGUUCUGGGUAUUGCAUUGGCAGCAGCUGCGCACGGGAAAUCCGAGCUUGGAAUGUUCUGGAUGAUGAUCAUUGCCCGUGGUGUUGCUGGCUUUGGAGCCGGCGGCGAGUAUCCCGUUUGCGCAACGAGUGCAACGGAGGCAGCAGACGAGACAACGAAGCUUCGGAAAAACCGAGGCUUCUUGGUAGCCUCAACUACUGAUUUUGCCGUGGACCUGGGCUUUGUCUCCGCUGGUAUCGUGGCGCUGAUUGUUCUCGCUUGCUAUGGUCAAGAGACUAGAGCUGGUGUAUGGCGUAUAUCCUUUGGCAUUGGAUUUGUGCUUCCCCUUUUCAUCUGCUUCUUCCGGAUUCGCAUGAUCAAUUCGACUCAGUACCAAAAGCACAGCAUCAAAUCUAGGUAUCCAUAUGGGCUCAUUCUCAAAAGAUAUUGGAAGCCGAUGCUCGGAACCUCCCUGGCGUGGUUCUGCUACGACUUUGUCACCUACCCGUUCGGAAUCUUCUCAUCCACCAUUAUCCAGCAAUUGAUGACGGACAAUUCAACUGUCCAGAACAUCGGUUAUGGAACAGUGAUCAACUGCUUCUAUCUUCCUGGGUGCCUUCUUGGAGGGUAUCUCAUGGACAAAAUUGGUCGCAAGCAAAACAUGACUCUUGGUUUCAUGCUCUGGUCCAUCUGGGGCUUCAUCCUUGGUGGUGCGCUUCACCCAAUCCAAAGCGUGUUCCCGCUGUUCGUGGUGAUGUACGGCAUUUUCAUGGCCUUGGGCGAAAUGGGCCCCGGUGUAUCUACGUUUCUCUGUGCUGCGGAGUCCUUUCCAACUCCUCUCCGUGGUCACUUUCUGGGAUUUGCUGCCGCCGUGGGCAAGGCUGGUGCUUCUAUUGGAACGGAAGUGUUCACUCCCAUUCAGAACUCGUUCGAUACCACGGCAAAGGGCCAACAAGCCGUGUUCUUGAUUGCUUCUGCCUUUACAGUGGUCGGAGGUCUCAUUGCAUGGUUCUUGAUUCCGGAUAUGUCUCGCGAGUUGGAGGAUGAGGAUGCCAGGUUCAAGGCAUACUUAGAGGAGAACGGAUACGACGUUAAGCUUCCUUUAUCGGAUGCCACCUCAGACUUCAACAUGAAUCAAACCCGAACUCACGGAGGAUCCUUAUCAUUAGAAGAACAGCCGAAAGAACAACAGGCGCAUGAAGAUACCGCGCAAUUAAUCGCGUUGGUGUGGGGAUAUUUAAUGGCGGAGCGACCGACGAGAGGCCCCGCAGUCCGCCGCAAUGGCACACUCCAGUCUUGCGAACCUUGUCGCAAGGCCAAGCUGCGUAUCUCAAGCCCAUCAUUGGCAAUGGAAAGUACUCGACUCGGCGCAAACUUGGAGCCAACCCCCGAGCUUCCUGGCUAUCUCGGGGCGACUAGUUACUCGGCUAUUCUUGCGGAGCAUCCCAGUAAUCUUCCGUUCGAAAUAGAUCACAGCACAGUGACAGGUACUCCGGUUAGGGCUGUCGACCCAGACCGUCUAAGGGCUGGCCUAGAGCUAUUGAAACUCAUCUAUGACUUUCCGAUCUAUGAUGUUUUGGUCCGGAAGCUCUACUCCAAGAAAUCAAUCGUCGUAGUUCCGAUUGCUAUUAUUGACGCAAUUAUAGAGUCUAUCCGGAGUACCUUUGACAGUCUGGACAUUAGAAGCGACAUUGAAGCCCAGUUGCAGGCUUUGGUCUAUCAGAUAUCUCAUAAUACUUCAAGGCCGCUAACCACACAUCGCUCGAUGACUGCCCAGGAGUAUUGCGCCUCAUUUACUGGUAAGAACCUUCGAUGGGAGUCUCUUGGGAUAGUUCUGACUAUCUCUGGGAUAUCCUUGAUGUCUACGUCGGACAAUGACCCGGACCUUGUUCAGGCAGCGCCUAGCAGUGAAGCUCGCGAAAGACUGCGCGCUCAGAUCGUGGAGGCAAGCAGCAUCUGUCUCAACUUCUGUGACCAGGCAUCUUCAAUAAACGAAUUACUAGGCUUUGCUCAGUAUAACGAUGUCAUGUUGAAAACUCAACAUUUUGGCGACACGAGCUAUCAAGCUUGGCGCCGACUGGGCGACUUGUCAGCUACAGUGUAUGCUGCUGGCUUUCAUCAGGAAAGCUCGCAGGCUGAUGAUUGCCCAUUCUUCCUCCGACAGUGGAGAAAGAUAUGUUUCGCCUCUGCAUUUUAUGCGGAUAAGGCGAUAGCCACCUUCGUCGGGCGACCGCCAUUUAUCAACUAUCGAUACUGCUCGCUGACGCCUCCCAUGGACUUGCAUGAGGAUGUUCUAGUGGCAGGGGGUGAAGAUCUCACUAAUGCCAUUUCCAGCUUGAGCAUGGAAGGUUGGAACACCCAACGGCAAAAUUACAGAGUGAGCAUGAUACGUCUUCGGUUCCUCUUUUCUGUGUAUAGGGAUCAAGCUCUCGAAGUAGCAUUGGGAACAGGCGAUGAUUGGGAUUUAGUCCAAAAGUCCAACCAAAUCAUCGAGAAAGCGCGAGCCACAUUGGAAGCAGCCCCACCUUUCAUUCGAUACGACAUUCAUGGGCAGAGCGAGGAUGCGGAAUCAUACGCUUUAUCUUUUCCCAGUCUCCACAUGUACCUCGACUACCUCUACACAAUUUUCCUUCUCCAGAGGGUUCUGGUGAAACGCACGAAUGCAGGGCAAGAGGCGUUGAUCCACACGUCGCGCGAGGCCCUUUCGAUCGUUAUCAGGAUAGGCUCCGAAUGUGAGCCGUCCAUGGACUUGAACAGACACUAUUCCUGGCUGAUAUUGUACUACGGGGUGCCCAGUGCCAGUGUUCUGAUCCUUGAACUUCUUCACCAAACCCAGGAAAUCGGCCCGCACUCUGUCAUGUUGCCUCGCGCGGAAAUCAUUCGCAAUCUAAGUGUAUUUCUAUCAUGUCUGUCGUGGGUUCCGCGUCCAACCUUUGGUAACUAUCAGACCUGCAAGGAAGCGGAGAAGAAACUAUCCCAUAUUCUCGACCAAAUCAUUGACCCACAGCCUAUCCAACGAGAGGUCUUCAACGACGUGACCUCUGGUCUGGACAGCUUCUUGGAUUGGUACAAUCCCAGUAACUGGGACUUCAACACUGAUUUCCUGUCUUCCACCGACAGCUUUGGCCUUGCAAGGAAUUAG